CUCCACCAACCCAUAUCGGGCAAGGCGCGCACCCCGGCCCCCCGCGCUUCCCCGUGGAUGCAAGCCAGUUCCACUUUUGCUCUCAUAAUCUGGCCUGAUCCUGAGCGCCAUCUCCCCGCCGCUGCCCACCGACCAAAACGUGCCUGCCGACCGCUCCUUCCUCUUCAAUUCCCACGUCUGCGUCUACGUCUGCGUCUGCGUCUGCCGAUCCACAGACCGACAAUGCUUUCCUCGCUCAGAAUUGCCUCGCGUGGCGUCGCCGCUGGCCGCAACCUUGCAGCCGUGCGCGCAGCUUCCACAUGGGCCAACGUGCCCCAGGGUCCACCGGUAUGCAUCACGGAAGCCUUCAAGGCCGAUUCCUUCGCCCAGAAGAUCAACCUCGGAGUGGGCGCCUACCGCGAUGACCAGGGCAAGCCGUACGUGCUGCCGUCGGUGCGCAAGGCCGAGGACCAGGUGAUCGCGUCGCGGCUCAACAAGGAGUACGCGGGCAUCACGGGCGUGCCCGAGUUCACCAAGGCGGCGGCGGUGCUCGCCUACGGCAAGGACAGCUCGGCCCUCAACCGGCUGGCCAUCACGCAGUCCAUCUCGGGCACGGGGGCGCUGCGCAUCGGCGGCGCGUUCCUGGCGCGCUUCUUCCCCGGCGCCAAGACCAUCUACAUCCCCGAGCCGUCGUGGGCCAACCACGCGGCCGUCUUCAAGGACUCGGGGCUCGAGGUGCGCAAGUACGCCUACUACAACAAGCAGACCAUCGGCCUCGACUUUGACGGCCUGCUGGCCGACAUCAAGGCGGCGCCCGCCGGCAGCGCGUUCCUGUUCCACGCCUGCGCCCACAACCCCACGGGCGUCGACCCGACGCCCGCGCAGUGGAAGGAGAUCGAGGCGGCCGUCAAGGCGCAGGGCCACUACUCCUUCUUCGACAUGGCGUACCAGGGGUUCGCCAGCGGCGACAUCCACAAGGACGCGUUCGCGCUGCGGCACUUUGUCGCGCAGGGCCACAACGUGUGCCUGGCGCAGUCGUUCGCCAAGAACAUGGGCUUGUACGGCGAGCGCAUCGGCGCCUUCUCGGUCGUGUGCGCCGACGCGGCCGAGCGCGCGCGCGUAGACUCGCAGAUCAAGAUCCUGGUCAGGCCCAUGUACUCGAACCCGCCGAUCCACGGCGCGCGCAUCGCCGCCGAGAUCCUCAACACGCCGGCGCUCUACGACCAGUGGCUGGUCGAGGUCAAGGACAUGGCCGACCGGAUUAUCACCAUGCGCGCCCUGCUCAAGGACAACCUCGAGAAGCUCGGGUCCAAGCACGACUGGAGCCACAUCACGAGUCAGAUCGGCAUGUUCGCCUACACGGGCCUGACGCCCGAGCAGAUGGACGUGCUGGCCAAGGAGCACAGCGUCUACGCCACGCGCGACGGCCGCAUCUCGGUCGCCGGCAUCACCAGCGCCAACGUCGGCCGCCUGGCCGAGGCCAUCUUCAAGGUGAAGGGCUAAUUGCUAACUCUGUCGGGGUGUAGUUAAGUGAUGUGAGGGAUUUGUUUGCAUGCAUGUGGGAGGCAAUUUUGCAUUUACUCCAAGCCCCGUCGCGGAACAAGGAAACUCUAUCACUCGCACAGCGCCCACCACGUGGCUGUUCAUUUUGCAGCAUUGUACAAAAAAAGAGAGUUGUUCUAGACUUUUACAGCAUGUAUGUACGUACGUAUGGGGAGGGGGGGUAGAGAAAAGAGUGCAGAUUGUCCCGAGCAGU